AUCUGCGCUCUUGUCAACAACUAAGGAAAAUGAAGCUUUAAAUUACAGCCGGUUCCUACUACUUCCUCAGUAUUUUUGACUUUGUGAAUUAAUUUCUUUUUUUGAAAUGGCGGAGGGAAACCAUACGGGCCCCGAGCCUUCAGACGAGAUCGCCGAUACUCCUAUGGACGAUGGUAGCAAUUUCUAUAACACGCCCCUUAAUGGAGGCACCCCUCUCCCGUCGUCUCAUGCCGCGAACCCAACCAAAUUCGAGCGCCCUCCGACACCAGAGAAGCCUCGUCCGCAAAUACCGGGAUUGAGUCUUUGCAACCAGCCUAACAGACAAGAGCCGCAGUCGCAUUCUGAGCAAGAUAGUGGGUCUACGAUAGCCGACUCUCUGGACCUAGUUAUUACGGCAAUAGAAGCUGCGGCGAAAGAGGAGUCAGAAGGCAUCGCAGGCGGCACAACAGGGGCGGAUGUUGGGGCUGGGGGUAUAGAAAAGGGAGUGGCGGCAUCGAUUGAGACGGAAGUUAAGCAAGAGACGGAAGCCCCUGCUUGUGUGAAGAACGAAGCUCAAGAACAGAUACAAGAGCGAGACAUUACGAUACUUGCUGCUGAAGGCGCGAUAUCCGACAAUGUUCCUGCUGCUACUAACGAAAUCACGAUGACUGAAGCUGCGCCGGAAGAGAAUGGUGAGAGGGAGUGGGAGACGGAUUCCUCACCCUAUGAAUCGUCGUCUGAUUCAUCCUCCGAUUCAUCGUCAGAUUCAAGCGAUGAGGAUGAAGAUUAUGAGUUACUCGAUCCCGAAGAACAAGCUCGCAUCUUGAUGGCCGCUGCAGGAUCUGACGAUGAAGAUGGCAAGGACGAAAGAUCAGCCGCGAGAGACGUGAGAACCGCUAAUGAGAAACCAGAAGAGAUUGUCCCUAAGCCAGAUAUCACUAUCACGCCCGGUAUGAAAGUUGAGAUGCUUGGGAGUGUAGAAUCGGUUGUUGAUAAUAUUGUUUUGAUUAAGGCGAAUAUAUCUGGGGAAUACCAGGUGCUCGAGGCCGGUUCGGUUCUCUGUCUAGCAAACCUGGAAGUCAUUGGGGUUGUGUCCGAUACUUUUGGGAAGGUUGAACAGCCACUCUACACGGUUCAAUUUACGAAUCAGGAGGAAAUUCAGAAAGCGGGCAUAGAAAAAGGUAUUCCGGUCUUUUACGUUGUUGAUCACUCGACAUUUGUUUUCACACAACCUCUCAAGGGACUGAAAGGGAGUGACGCGUCAAACUUACACGACGAGGAAAUCGGAGAAGACGAAGUGGAGUUCUCCGACGAUGAAGCUGAAGCGGAAUACAAGCGGCAGCUCAAGUUGAAGCGUCAGCAGAAACGUGAAGGCCGACCCGAGGCUGGUAGGAAAGGCAAACGUCGGGGUGUGCCUUUACGUCCCUCUGGGCUGAAAAAUAUGGAGCUUAACUACGAUGAUGAGCCUCAAGAUGAUGGUUAUAAUACCUUACAACGGCCAAAAGAUCUGCAUGAGCAGAUGAUGACCCGUGACGCGACGGCUCAAGAAGGCUCCUAUCGUCGUUUUGAUGGAAGUCCGCAUGGCGGUAGAGGAAGAGGCAGAGGUAGAGGCAGAGGACACGACCGAGGGAGAGGAGGUCGCGAUAGGGGCGGUGGGAACAGGUAUCAGCCUCAUAGGGACGAGUUUCAACAGCAGCCUUCUUCCGAGGAACCACCCGUUAACCCCCAUCGCCAUUCUUCGAAUGGAUACGUUCCACCACCACCGCCGCCACCUUAUAAUCCAAAUUCUGCCACCUACACACAGCCGCCUGCAGCUCCUCAAGGUUAUCCUGCAAUCUCUCCGCAAGCGUCCCAAUUUCCUUUUCCCAACCUUCCUUUCCCUUCGCAGCAAGCUCGUUUUGCUUUCCCGCCACCAGGCUCUCACAUUAACCCGGCAUUCUUCCCGAUCCUUAUGCAACAACACCAGCAACCCCAGCACCAGCCAUCUAUAUCCCCCUCAGUGCCACCAUCCCAAACGUCUACCGAUGCAUUUGCUGCUGCCCAGGCGCAGAUAGAUUUACUUAGACGAUUGAGUGGCGGAGGGUCAUGA